CUAUGAUGAAAAACAAUGCAUAGAAAUGUUGGUGUUGUGUUAAUGUCAGGAUAAGUGAGUGUACUUUCCCCGUUAGUGAUGUGAGCGUUGGUGGUAUAGUGGUUAGCAUAGCUGCCUUCCAAGCAGUUGACCCGGGUUCGAUUCCCGGCCAACGCAAAGUUAUUUUUCAUUUAUGUGUCAACUUUAGAUUCUACUGUUAACAAUUGCAUAUUUAAAAUAUUUAAAAACGUGCGCACCCCCAUGGUUUUCAUUUGGUGUCUGAAAAAACUAGUGUCUGAAACUUUAUUUUGGGUAAAAGCUUUUUGUGGUAUGAAAAUUAAAGUCAGUUAAACACGCUGUUAGAUUUUGAAGCUUCCCAGAUUUUCAGCCACUAACGCAGGCACAAUCAGCUGUCUAUGUCCUAUUAAUGGGGACUUUGGCAUGACUGUCCUAUCCUCUCCUGCUUGCCGUGAUCAUCUUCAGUGAGUGCUCAUAGCAACGGGAACAGAAAUCUUAUUCUAAAAACUUAAACAUGAAGAGGAACUCAUGACACUAAUACAAAAUAUAUUAAAAAAAUAUAUAACUUGUCUCUUGUGUUGUUCCUGCAGCUGCUGAAUGAGCUCUGUUAGUACAUACCGACAUGGGGAGGUAUUUCUACAGCGAGGUGGACAUUAAGAGCCCGUGGCAUCAGGUGCUGGCUGCCUUCUGGCAGCGCUACCCAAACCCAUACAGCACCCAUGUACUCACGGAAGAUGUCCUGUACCGCGAGGUCACCUCCAGCAACCACCUGCUGUCCAGGCGACUGCUGACGAAGACCAACCGCCUGCCAGGCUGGGCAGAGCGGGUCUUCCCCAUGCACAUGGCUCGGGCGGUCUACGUCCUGGAAGACUCUAUCGUGGACCCACAGGCCCACACGCUUAUCACCAAGACCUGGAACCUGAACCACAACACGCUGAUGACUGUUGUGGAGCGGUGUCUGUUUGAAGAGGACCAUGGUCGGCCAUCUUGGACCAAACUGAGGAGGGAGGCCUGGAUCUCCUCAGCUGUAUAUGGACUGGGUCGGCCCAUACAGGAAUUCGGUCUUGCCAGGUUUAAAAGUAACCAAGCUAAAGCCAUGAGAGGGCUGGAAUACUCUCUCUCCAAGCUACAGACUAGUGACCAGGGAGAGUCAUCGGAGAAGCAGAAGCCCCUCCCACAACAAGCCACGCCCACCCCCAACCCGAAACCCAAACAGUUUGUCUGAACCUCAGUAGGAACAUAAAGCCCACGAUGGCUCGUCUGAACAGCAGCACUAAAACGGUGGGGCAUUCACUCAUCCUCAGCUCUGAUUGGUGACUCAUUAGCUGAUGCUGAUUACUUUUCAUAGUCACCAAUCAGAGCAAUGAACUACAAUAAUUCCCAGGAUUCUUUGGGACUGAUUUAAUCAUCGUAGUAAAGUUUUAGUAAAUUUAAUUUUUAUUUUUUGAAGUUAGCGGUUUGUAAAUUGUCAGUUAUGUAAUGUAAACAGGAUAUUAAGAAGUUAAUAAUUUAAGUUUAUGUUGACUUUUCUUAUCUUUAUUUUUAUAUUUUUAUAUGGAAAUAGUUUUUUAUCUUAUUUUGUAGAAUUCUGUGAAUGAUUAUUUUCAUCUUGGAUUUCUUUGGGACCUCCUACAGUAAAUGUUUUAAGAGAUUUUCUAUCAAUAGGAACGGGUUUACAUCAGAUUCAGGUAGUUUAGAAUCAGACUGUUGUAGACAUGCAUGUUUUAUACUAUUCAUAUGUCAGUUUAGGUAGAUGUUUGUUUUCUGGUGGUAAGCUUCUGAUCUUAAAAUUCCAAUAGAUUUAUGUUCUGGAUAAUUGGCCAACCUAUUGAGACCAAGGGGCAGGAUCAGAGUUGAGUUUUGUUUUGUCUCAUGCUAAAGAAGAUGUUGUGUUUUAGAUGUAGUCUUAUCCAUUUUGGCUUUCCCAUUUUUCCAUUUGGUAGCUCGAAAAAGAAAUAUUCUGUAAAAAGGGCUGGACCUUAAGCCUAGAUGGUUUGUCAGUAACCUGGUGUAUGUAAUGAAGUUAAUAUUGCAGCAUGCCAAGCUGCAUUAUGCAAAAUCAACCUCUGGGGCUAAAAAAAUAAGCUAAUGGUAAAGCACUGAACACUGCAGUUUCUCUAAUAUACACUUUAGACUAGUUCCAAAAGUGAGUUGGUUCCCACAGAUGCAAAAUGUCAAACUUCACAAUAGAAAUAAAGAUAUUUACAGCCUGCUACAAAAAGCUUUUUUUUCUGUCUCUAAUUUAAUUCAGUCUCUUCUGACUUUCUUAUGCCAAAUGUAGCCCACAUUUGCUUUGUUGUACUUGUUAUAUAUCACUAUACACCACACGGGCUACUUUAGGCUCACAUCCAGGUCAGAGAUUAGCAAGAGCACCAAAUUUGAUUUGGGAUAUUUUAGCCAUAUCAACUGUCCUGCAUGUUGGCUAGAAGAGGGGCAUCAGUGUUAAAACUACUGUGCACUCUUUGUGUGUUCUAUAUAAUAUCUAUUCACACAUCUUGAUGCUGAAGGUUCUAAAAUAUCUGAACUUUGCCAAGGUAUAUUGUUCUUGUUAGUGAUCAGGAUGAACUAAUUCACUUCAGUUUUAUUUUUGUAGUGCUAAAUCACAGCAACAGUCACCUCAAGGUGCUAACAUGGUAAAGUAAGCACCUGAAAAUAAAAACUCAUUGGAUUGAAUUGACAAAUGCUUGUAAUGGGAAAGCCUAAGUGAAGAUAUAAGGAGGAGAACUGUAGAUUAACGUGAGUUGGGAAGGUCUCUUGGAGCCAUUUCUAAACAACUGCAAAUUCCAAGAUCAUCAGUUCAAGCAGUUUCAUCUAAGUACAAGUUAUUUGGAUGUCUCAUUGCUAAGGUCUGAAACAAGAUCCAAACUGUCACCCUCAGAUGAGAGGAAAUUGGUCAGGAUGUUCAGGGAUCAGCCAGGCUCAAGCCUGCCAUGAACAAGAAACUUCUGGAACACCAGCAUCAACAUCCACAGAGAAGUCGGUUUUAAAUCGCCAUGGAAUGAGAGGGUGAUGACCAAGAAACAAACCACUGCUCGAAAAAUGACACCUUCAAGCUCGACUGAAAUUUGUAGCUGCCCAUAUAGACAAGCCAAAUGCCUUCUGGAGAAAAUCUUUGUGAUUAGACUAGACAAACGUUGAACUAUUUGGCCACAAUGACAAGAGGUGUGUUUGGAGGAGUAGGACUGCAGCGGCCGUUAACCUUGCUCUGGGGCAGUUUUUAUACUAGUGCUAGUGGUUACGCAAAGUGGAUGCAAUAAUGAAGGACUAUCUUCAAAUGUUUCAACUUGACAAUGAUCCCAAACACAAACCAAAACAAAGCAAGAUAACAGUAGCUAAGCCAGGUCUUUGCUAGGAAACUAACCAAUUUAAAUAAACUCUACCAAUUCUGCCAUAAUGACUGGUCAAAUAUCCAGCCUGAAUAAUGCCAAAAGCUUGUUGAUGGAUACCAAAAGUGUCUGGUUGAGGUCAAACUUUCUGAGACAUUUAACCAAAUACUAGUGAGGUGUAAGUAUAUAUUUGAGUCUAUAUGCAUAGUUUUUGACCCUGUGUGAAUUAGAGAAAAUUCCAAAUAAAUUCAAACUUAAGCACCCAGUUCUUGUUUUUUUAAGUAAUUAAAGAUGUAUGCUAUACCAUCAUUCCACUAUUGAAAAAGGUCAGUUUCAAUAAAUUAUUUUUAAAAAAACAAAUUACCAUGACAUUCAUAAUGAGUGUAUAUAAACCUCUGACCACAACUGUAUGUUUAAAUGUGGAAUGAAUGGGUGGUAUCUGUAACACUAAUAUUAGUGAACAACUUUUCAUUUUUCAUUGUUCCUGUCAGCUUUUUAAAGCCUCUGAAUGUGUAAUGUAUUGCAGGAAAUAUUCAUUAAAGCUGAAAUUACUGGUGUUCAAGCUGAACGGUUUCAGAGCAAAAAAAAAAAAAAAAUAGAAGUAAUGAAAUUCUGUAAAAAGACAGACUCUGGUUGGUUACCACACACUUUAUUUUUCCAUUGUUUAGCAGGAAUAGUACAAGUAUAAAGGAGAUAGAUAAAAGCAGCAUGUCUCUUGUCUCUGCUGAACACUGUCACAUUUAGUCAGCACUCGGUUGGUCAGUCAGUCCAUCCAAGUCACCAUGGAAACCACC